AUGGCACCAAAUAAGACCCUCGUUUUCAAGAAGAUUCCUACAGGGUUUCCGGUUCCAGGAGAACACCUUGCUGUUGAGGACCGACCUCUCGACCUUGAGGCCGCACCUCCAAAAGGUGGCCUAAUCGUCGAAAUACUUUAUGCCUCCUUCGAUCCAUAUCUACGCGGUAAGAUGCGUGACGCUAGCGUCAAGUCAUACACGCCGGCUUUCGAGAUGAACGGCCCCUUCACGAACAGUACUAUCUCUCGUGUUCUGAAGUCGGGCACAUCAGAUUUCAACCAGGGAGACAUAAUUUCUGCGUAUACUCCUAUUGCCGAGUAUGCCAUAAUCCCAGACCCAUCCGCCGCCCAAGCGCGCAAGAUCAAUAACCCAUACAAUCUGGACCUUGGUAUGUUUCUGGGUCCCUUAGGCAUGCCUGGAUUAACGGCCUACUCCAGUCUUCACAAGAUUGGAAAACCGAAGAAAGGGGAGACAAUAUUUAUUAGUUCGGCCGCGGGCGCUGUUGGACAGGUUGUGGCUCAGAUCGCGAAGAAUGCAGGACUCAAGACUAUUGGCUCGGUCGGCUCUGAUGAGAAGCUAAGUUAUAUCAUGAAUGAGCUUGACUUUGACGGUGGUUUCAACUACAAGAAGGAGAGCCCGUUUGAUGCGCUCAAGCGCCUCGCACCCAAUGGAAUCGAUAUUUACUACGAGAAUGUCGGUGGAGAGCAUCUCGAUGCCGCCUUAGAGAAUAUGAAUACCCACGGGCGUAUUCCAGUCUGCGGAAUGAUUUCGGGGUAUAACUCACCACCUGACCAGAGAUAUGGCGUCAAGAACCUCAUGCAACUCGUCGUGGAGCGCAUAACUAUGCAAGGGUUUCUUGUCUUCGACCCUGAAUUCGGACCUGCAUACUUUGAAGAGCACCAGAAACAAGUACAAAAAUGGAUUGCAGAGGGAUCUUUCAAGGCCAAGCUUCACGUUACCGAGGGCAUUGACAAUGCUGCUGAAGGCUUCGUGGGAAUGCUUAAAGGCGAUAACUUUGGCAAGGCUGUCUUGAAAAUUAGGGAUUAG